UAUACUAUUUUAACUUAUACAUGUUUACAGCGUGUACUAUUUUAAAUCGAAUGCAUAUUGUAACUGUAUGUACACAUAAACCUGUUAAUUUUUGUUUAAUUAAUGUUUACACAAGCUAUCGUGUUUAUAGAUAUGAAAUUUGGAUCUAAUGUGAUAAUAUUCACUUCCGUGACUCGUUGUAAUGUGACAUAGUUUUGUUAUCAUAAUAUACACACGUAACAUGAUCUGUUUUAACUUUAAAAUCGAUUAUUAAUGCAAACGGUAUUAGUAAAACUUUCAGUACUUCAUGGAUUAAUACUAACUGUUUAAACUCUUUGCGCAGUUUACAAAUGUUACAUUUUAUUAACACCAUGAAGAGUGCAGUUGGCUCGUGAGCUGUGCCUUUAAAUUAUGGAAAUGUGAAGAAGAUAUAACGAAAAAAAAAAAAUAAAUCAAAUAAUAUAUCAAACAGGCUUCUAAAUCAAACUUUUCGAGACAUUUGAGUGAAAUUAUGGCAAGUGGAAAAUCGGACAAAAUAAGAAAUGAACAAGAAGAUGGCGAUUUUGAAGACGAAACUUUAUCCAGCGACUACCUUAUAAUAUCAGGAAGUACAUCUUCUACUAUUAGAAGUGAUGUCACAAUUUCCCGUUCAUAUCUAUCGAUUAGAGGAUCUGAGAUCACAGGAACGGAUACUCCUAGUUUUUUGUCAGUCUCUGAUCCAGAGACUAGUUAUGAUGAUGUAUCAACAAUGUUUGAUGAGCUACAGCAUGAAGACGAUCUAGCUGAUGAGGAUAUAUCUAAAGACAGACCUUAUCAAAGUGGGAAAAAACUCUGCUCUAAUUGUGUCGUUGACGGAAAACAAACAGAAGCGACCCACCUUUGUAAAGGUUGCAGGCCUGAUGGUAGAUAUAUUUGUCACAAAUGUUUACAGAGUCACAACAGGUGGUCCCUCGAUCAUUUUGUUAUCUCACUAUCUGUAGAGGAGGAAAGUUCAGUCAGAUCUAGGAAAGAAAACAAUGAAGAUUCAAACGAACUGAUUACUUCUGAGGAACACAUCAUGAAUUAUCUUGACGAAGUUUUAGAAUUUCAGGAAAAUGCAACCAAUGACACCAGAAAGACUGAAACUAAAACUGGUAAAAUUACAAAUGCCGUUGAACAAGAAUCAGACAGAAGUGGUACUUUGCACCAUCCUAAGAUUAGAAGGUUUAGAGGUGGUGUCUAUGAUAAUGACAAAGCUGUACAAAUCGCUGAGAAGAGAGACAGACCACGUUUUUAUGACGACAAACUGUACCGUGAAAUCAUACAAGACCAAAGGUAUAAAUACCAUUUGCAGGCAACCGGUAAAAAUUUUACAAAAUAUGGAACUUAUUCAGUACGAACUGAUACAGAUACCAAACCUUGCUUUGUAACUGGUACUUGUCAGCUUCCAGAUGGUAGACUAGUAAUGACAGAUUCCGAAAAUUGUCGACUAAAAAUUCUGGAUCCAAACAUAUUCGAGGUAACUGCCUCUCGCAAAUUACAAAGUAAUCCUUGCUUGAUAUGUUACAUGACAGAAAACAAGGUCGCAAUUGCAUUUACGAACUGUGAUGUUGCCAUUAUCGACAUAUUAGAGGACAUAGAAGUAAGAGGUUCAUUCAGAAUUAAACAUUUAUGUAAAGGUCUGUCAUAUGGAAACGGAAAUCUAUACGUCUGUUCUACACAUAUGAUUGAAAUUUACAGCGAGAAAGGUGAUAGGAAAACUUUGCUUCAGCUUGCUUCUACCGAUGUUGAGAUCAGAUGCCCAGCAAGUAUAAAUCUUAGCAAAAAUGGUAGCAUUAUUUAUGUUUCAGACAUAGAAAAAGGCAUAAUCGCGAUGGACGUAGAGGGACAUAUUCUGAAUAUAAUAUCAGAUAAUGUAUAUGAACCAAAUGUGUUGUGCCUUGACGUGUCUGGAAAUAUAUUUGCAACUGAAAUGAAUUCAGGUAGAGUUUUAAAUGUCGAUCCAGAUAAUGGUAGUGUAAAACAAGUGGUACGAGAAGUUUGUCAAAAAGACUAUCCAAUUUCUUUGUGUCAUGAGAGAGUAUUCAAUCGUCUUAUUGUGGGUGUUUGGAGGAGUGACAACAUCCAUGUGUUUUCGUGCCCAUGACAUGAUUAAUAUAGUUGUAUUAACACUUUUUUGUAUACAUGUGUAUAUGUUUGAAUUUUAGAUGUAAUGGUAACAUGUGACUAAAUCGUCUUAUUGUUGGUGUUUGGAGGAGUGACAGCAUCCAUUUGUUUACAUGCUUUUGACAUGAGUUGUUUUGUUGCAGUGGCACUUUUUGUUUAUAUCUUUGAAUGUUAGAAAUAACAUAUAUGUGACUUAAGUAACGUUACCUAUGUUUUAUUCUGGGACAGAGAGGUCUCCGUAGCCGAGUGGUCUAUUUCGCUGACUUCGAAUCACUUUCCCCACACAGAUGUGGGUUUUAGUCUCGCUCGAAGCCUUGAAUUCUUCAAAUAAGGAAGCUAUCCAGCUGGCUUACAAAAGGUUGGUGGUUCUACCAAGAUGCCCGAACAUGAUAAAGUAAUGCACGGAGGGGCAUCUGGGGUCUUCCUCAUCAAAAGGUGAAAACUCACCAUUUGACCGAUAAUUGUGUCGGUGUAACGUUAAACCAAACGAAAAAAGAAAUAGGUCAGUGACAAUAUUCAUGUUUAUACAAAAUUUGCUUUCGUUUUAUGUUAACUAUUAUUACCCUAUUACCGUUUUUGAGAAAAAAUCAGUACUACUAGACUUCUCGUGCUUACAUACCUUUUAGACAGCUCGGCAAUAUUUCAUGUCUUAUCAUAUUCGUGGCCUACGUUUUAAAAACCUCAGGACUUCUUCUUGUGUUUUUCGUUAUUACGGCAUACGUUCAUCAAUAUUAAGGUUAAACACGUCCACUGUCUGUUAUGAUAGCAUUGUGUGUACAUGGCAAUUAAGUUGAAGUUCCCACAUCCAAUCCAUAUGUCAACAAAUUCAUGGUCCGUUUUCUUUCAAAUGUAUUCUGUUGAAAACUUAUAGGAACAUAUAGCUUAGAUUCUAAAUAUAAAAAAAAGUACUCAAAAAGUUUAAAGUUUUGUAUAAGAGAUUCACCUAGCGCGGAUCCUUUAUGUAUUGUCUUGUCUUUUUGGAUAUAGUGGAAUUGAAGACUAAGCUCUCCAUUGGUGCGUUUGUCAUUUUGUGACUUUUUACCGUUCCAAGUUGGUGAGUAACUGUGUCCCCUCAUUUGUUUUCGGACCGUGGUUUAUUCCUACUGGAUUUUCUUCUUUAUUUUUGACUAUUAUUUAUGCUUCUGUAUCUAACUAUAAGUUUGUUUCUUUUAAUGUUAACCAUUAUAUUAUUAUAAAUUGAUAGUUUGUACAUUAAGAGUUCAUCUAC